ACAAACAGCUCCAGCUCUAGCUCCAGCCAUGGCCAGGAUUCUAGGCAUUCAGCUGCUCCUGCUGGCUACUCUGACCACGGCAGAGGAUGCGAACCCUGAAUCUAACGCGGACUCCUGGCUAGGGGGCUUGGAAAAGGCUGAUGUCAACAGCGAGGAGGUGCAGCGUGCCAUGGAGUAUGCGGUUGGGUAUCACAACCAGGUGCAUGACAACGAUGCUUACAUAGACGAUGUGGUGAAGGUUGUGAGUGCUGAACAGCAGACGGUGGCUGGAAUGAAGUACAACUUUGUUUUGGAGAUGGGCCGAACCAUAUGUACCAAGGUGGAGCCCAAUUUGGAUAACUGUCCUCUCAAUGAGCAGCCGGGUCAGGAGCAGAGAAAACUCUGCUCCUUCGAGGUCUACGACGUGCCCUGGGAACACAAGAUGUCUAUGUUAAGUUACAACUGCCAAAAUGCCUAAGAGGCAGUGGCAGGCCGGGCUGCACUGACCACCCCUCUCUCUUGAAGCCUUGCCCUGUCGUUCACCAAUC